UGACAUGGACGCAACGGCGCUGGAGCGGGACGCGGUGCAGUUCGCCCGCCUGGCGGUACAGCGCGACCACGAGGGCCGCUACUCGGAGGCUGUGUUUUAUUACAAGGAAGCCGCGCAAGCCUUAAUUUAUGCUGAAAUGGCAGGAUCAAGCCUAGAACGUAUUCAAGAAAAAAUAAAUGAGUACUUGGAAAGAGUUCAAGCUCUACAUUCGGCAGUUCAGUCAAAGAGUGCUGAUCCUUUGAAGUCAAAACAUCAGUUGGACUUAGAACGUGCCCAUUUCCUUGUUACACAAGCUUUUGAUGAAGAUGAAAAAGAGAAUGUUGAAGAUGCUAUAGAAUUGUAUACAGAAGCUGUAGAUCUCUGUCUGAAAACCUCUUAUGAAACUGCUGAUAAAGCCCUGCAAAAUAAACUGAAACAGUUGGCUCGACAGGCACUAGAUAGAGCAGAAGCAUUGAGUGAACCUUUGACAAAGCCGUUUUGCAAAAUCAAAUCAACAAAUAUUAAACCAAAGCCACCUCCAACAAGGACGCAUUUUCCACUAGGAACUAACCCCUUCCUUGAAAGACCUCAGCCUUUUAUAAGUCCACAGUCAUGUGAUGCACAAGGACAGAGAUACACAGCAGAAGAAAUAGAAGUGCUCAGGACAACAUCAAAAAUAAAUGGUAUAGAAUAUGUUCCUUUUAUGAGUGUCGAUUUGAGAGAACGUUUUGCCUAUCCAAUGCCUUUCUGUGAUAGAUUGGGCAAGCUACCAUUAUCACCUAAACAAAAAGCUACAUUUUCCAAAUGGGUACGACCGGAAGACCUCACCAACAAUCCUACAAUGAUAUAUACUGUGUCUAGUUUUAGCAUAAAGCAGACAAUAGUAUCAGAUUGUUCCUUUGUGGCAUCACUGGCUAUUAGUGCAGCUUAUGAAAGACGAUUUAAUAAGAAGUUGAUUACCAGCAUAAUUUACCCUCAGAAUAAGGAUGGUGAACCAGAGUACAAUCCAUGUGGAAAAUAUAUGGUAAAGCUUCACCUCAAUGGUGUCCCAAGAAAGGUGAUAAUUGAUGACCAGUUACCUGUUGAUCAUAAGGGAGAAUUGCUUUGUUCUUAUUCCAACAACAAAAGUGAAUUAUGGGUUUCUCUCAUAGAAAAAGCAUACAUGAAAGUCAUGGGAGGAUAUGAUUUCCCGGGAUCCAACUCAAAUAUUGAUCUUCAUGCACUGACUGGAUGGAUACCAGAAAGGAUUGCUAUGCAUUCAGAUAGCCAAACUUUUAGUAAGGAUAGUUCUUUCAGAAUGCUUUAUCAAAGAUUUCACAAAGGGGAUGUCCUCAUCACUGCAUCUACUGGAAUGAUGACUGAAGCUGAAGGCGAGAAGUGGGGUUUGGUUCCCACACAUGCGUAUGCUGUUUUGGACAUUAGAGAGUUCAAGGGGUUGCGAUUUAUCCAAUUGAAAAAUCCUUGGAGUCAUUUACGUUGGAAAGGAAGAUACAGUGAAAAUGAUGUAAAAAACUGGACUCCAGAGUUGCAAAAGUAUUUAAACUUUGAUCCCCGGACAGCUCAGAAAAUAGAUAAUGGAAUAUUUUGGAUUUCCUGGGAUGAUCUCUGCCAGUAUUAUGAUGUGAUUUAUUUGAGUUGGAAUCCAAGUCUUUUUAAGGAAUCAACAUGUAUUCACAGUACUUGGGAUGCUAAGCAAGGACCUGUGAAAGAUGCCUAUAGCCUGGCCAACAACCCCCAGUACAAACUGGAGGUUCAGUGUCCACAAGGGGGCGCUGCAGUUUGGGUUUUGCUUAGUAGACACAUAACAGACAAGGAUGAUUUUGCAAAUAAUCGGGAAUUUAUCACAAUGGUUGUAUAUAAGACUGAUGGGAAAAAAGUUUAUUACCCAGCUGACCCACCUCCAUACAUUGAUGGGAUUCGAAUUAACAGCCCUCAUUAUUUGACUAAGAUAAAGCUGACCACACCUGGGACCCAUACCUUUACCUUAGUAGUUUCUCAGUAUGAGAAACAGAACACAAUCCAUUAUACAGUCCGGGUAUACUCAGCAUGCAGCUUUACGUUUUCAAAGAUUCCUUCACCAUAUACCUUAUCAAAACGGGUGAGAAGAUUCUUUCUCUGGGAGUUAUCAUUUUUUAACUAUAAGCAAUACAGCGUUGGAUUUGAAGUUGUAACAGUUUCUAUGGUGGGAGAUCCUGGUCCCCAUGGCUUUCCAAGGAAAUCUAGUGGUGACUAUAGGUGUGGGUUUUGCUACCUGGAAUUAGAAAAUAUACCUGCUGGGAUCUUCAAUAUCAUUCCCAGUACUUUUUUACCUAAACAAGAAGGACCUUUUUUCUUGGACUUUAAUAGUGUUAUUCCCAUCAAGAUAACACAACUUCAGUGAUGGAGAAAUCUCAAAAAUUGCUGGAUUUAUAUUUAAUACUUACCAAACGUCAAUUUCAAAUGAAGAUAGAGAUCUUCAGGAUAGAAAACACAACAAUCAGAAUGAAAUUAAAUCUCUAAAAACAUG